AUGGUGAGCACUGCACGGAACUUGGUCUAUCUGGUGGUCUUCCUCGUGGCCAUCUCCGCCGGCCGUGUCAGCGCUCAGACGCCACAGUGCGCUCUCGCCUUUCAGCUGAGCCAGACCAUCACCUGCGUCAAUGGCGGAUCGUGGGUCGAUGUCUCCGAAGGCUUCGGCUACUGCUCCUGUCCCAACUCCUGCUCGGAGGGCUACUUGGGCCAGCUGGACUGCUCCUGUACCAGCGCCUUCUGCGCCUCGGCUCAGUUCAACCUUGACUGCACCUGCGACUGCACCGGCAAGGUGUGCUACAACAGCGGCACAGUGACGGAUUCCUGCGGUUGCUUGUGCAACAACACCUGCCUGCGCGACGGCCUGAGGAAUUCGGAGUGCGGCUGUCAAUGCUACUACGCCUGCGCCAACGGGGGCCAACUCAACCCGGACUGCUCGUGCGAGUGCUCCACCGAGUGCGUCAACGGCGGCUACCCUCGGCUCGGACUGCUCGUGCUCGUGCCCCACGGCGUGCGCCAACGGCAUAGUGGAGUACCCCACAACUGUGGCCCCUGCUAUCCCCAGGGUGGACCGCUGCAGCUCUACAACAACUGCAAAAAUAGUGCUCAAGUGGCACUUUGUUUGGUCUCCUGA